UCUUGGUAUAAUUUGCCCGUUGCAACUAUGGGAUGGGAUAAUUUGUGGCAUGAGGUAUGUAUUCUACUGGUCACUAAUAGUUGCCGACGCGAAAACAUAGGAAAUCACUUUUGAUUUAUUGCGCGUUUGAAGGAAAGCAAGAGAGAGAGAGAGAGAAAGUUCGUUGACUGGUCACGUUCUGGGAAAAACUUUACUGUUGGCGUUGAGAUCUCCUUACCUUGUUCAACACAGCAGCUCAAAGGAAAAAUCUUUGAAACUCUCGGUUUCUAGCACUCCACCGUCUCACAGAUGGGUGAUCUGAAAUACCAUGAUGAAGAAGAUUGUUGGUCCCUGACCUCUUCUACUGCAGCAUCUGUGAGAACCAUCAGAUCCAAACUUACCGUCCCAGUAGCCCCAUCUUUCAGAUCAGUUGAACGCUUAGCAAGACGUAAGGAGUUUUAUGAGAAGUUGGGAGAGAAACACAAAGCUUUGGAAGCAGAGAAACAAGAAUGUGCUUCCAGGACCAAGGAAGAGGAAGAAGCGGCUAUUAAGCAGCUUCGGAAGAAUACGGUCUACAAAGCAAAUCCAGUCCCAAGCUUUUACAAGGAAGGGCCUCCUCCAAAGGCUGAACUUAAGAAGCUGCCGGUGACUCGGGCAAAAUCACCAAACUUCACGCGAAGGAAAAGUUGUGGCGAUAUUGUGACACCCAGAGAGGAGAGGAAGGAUUCUAGCAGGUCUACCCGCCACAGCACAGGUGCCGCCUAUCGAGAACCCAACACAAAACUUCCCACCCCCAAUAAGAAGGACCAGAUAAGCGCACGAAAUAUUAACAGAGUCAUGGCCACCUCCUCCCAGUCAGCGAAGAAAAGUUCAACCAAAGAAACUGGGAUGAAAGAGACGAGUGAAAGUAGUAGUAGUAGGGUGGAGGAAACAAGGGGAACCUCUGGCGAUGUGACAGAUCAGCCGAGAGAGGAUAUUGCAGUUCAGUUAUGAAACACGGGGCCCAGUUUUAUGUUUUAUUUUUCUUCUUCUUCUUCUUCUCUUUUGUUUAUCAUCAUCAGAUCAUUCAAUCAUGUAUUCAGAAAUUUUCCGGAAUUCGAUCGGAUGGUCACUGUAACUUGCUGAUUUGUUUUAUGGUCAGAACCAAACCCAAGAACUGAUGUUUUAAAGUGAGUUGUAUAUUCGUGUGAUAUGUACAUGGAAGACAGCCCCGCUGGACUGUAUAGUGUAUACUAGUGUUCCCUCCAUCCAAUUGUGAUAUUUAGGGCAUCAAUUGAAAGUUUUAUUUUUUCAACAACAAACGGAUUUUCAUACCA